GACAGGUUAAACUGUUGCAACUGAUACCAGAGCGCAGGUCAACACUGGAGCCAAGCAAGUACUGCCUGCAGCGGCAUGUUCGGGGAGCGUGGAGUUCUGAUACCCUCUCCUCCAGAGCCACAGAAGCAGCUGUCCUUCCAGGAUGAUUUUAUUCAACCAAGUGGGUUAUUUCAUUUCCUUGUUUGCUACAGUUUCCUGCGGAUGUCUAAAUCAACUGUACAAAAACAGCUUCUUCCGAGGCGGGGAUAUAGCUGCCAUCUACACCCCGGAUGCCCAGUACUGUCAGAAGAUGUGCACCUUCCACCCCAGGUGCCUGCUCUUCAGCUUCCUCUCAGUUGCUCCAGCCAACGAUCCCGAUAAAAGGUUUGGUUGCUUCAUGAAAGACAGCAUUACAGGAACUUUGCCAAGAUUGCAUCGGGCAGGUGCCAUUUCUGGCUAUUCUUUAAAGCAGUGUGGCCAUCAAAUACAUGCUUGCCACCAAGACCUAUAUGAAGGACUUGACAUGAGAGGGUCCAACUUUAAUAUAUCUAAGACCAACAGUGUUGAAGAAUGCCAGAAAUUGUGCACAAACAAUAUUCACUGCCAAUUUUUCACGUACGCUACAAAUGCAUUUCAUAGACCGGAGUACCGGAACAACUGCUUGCUGAAGCUCAGCGCCAGCGGAACGCCCACCAGCAUAAAGACGCUGGAUAACCUGGUAUCCGGAUUCUCACUGAAGGCCUGUGCCCUUUCAGAGAUUGGUUGCCCCAUGAAUAUGUUCCAGCACUUCGCCUUUGCAGACCUCGAUGUGGGCCGGGUCAUCGCCCCCGAUGUUCUCGUGUGUCGUACCAUCUGCACCUUCCACCCCACCUGCCUUUUCUUUACAUUCUACACGAACGAAAGGAAGAUGGAAUCCGAGAAGAAUGUUUGCCUUCUUAAGAUGUCUAAAAGUGGUACUCCAAGUCCCUCUGUUCCUCAAGAAAAUGCUAUGUCUGGAUACAGUCUCUUCACCUGCAGAAAAGCUCGCCCUGAACCCUGCCAUUUCAAAAUUUACUCCGGAGUUGACUUUGGAGGAGAAGAGCUGAACGUGACCUUCGUACAAAAAGCAGAUGUGUGUCAAGAGACUUGUACAAAGAUGAUUCGCUGCCAGUUCUUUACCUACUCAUCGGUUCCACAAGACUGCAAUGUGGAGGGGUGUAAAUGUUCCUUAAGGUUAUCUGUGGAUGGCUCUCCAACUAGGAUCACCAGCAGUGCACAGAAGAUCUCCGGGUAUUCUUUGCGACUGUGUAAAGCUGUGGACAGCUCUAUUUGCACAACAAAAGUAAACUCACGAAUUGUGGGAGGAACAAACUCUUCUUUAGGGGAGUGGCCAUGGCAGGUCAGCCUGCAGGUGAAAGUGGUGUCUCAGAAUCAUCUGUGUGGAGGGACCAUCAUUGGACACCAAUGGAUCAUAACAGCUGCCCAUUGCUUUGAUGGGAUUCCGUACCCAGAUGUGUGGCGUAUCUACGGUGGGAUUCUUAACCUGUCAGAGAUCACAAAAGAGACAUCUUUCUCUAAAAUAAAAGAACUUAUUAUUCAUCAGAACUACAAGGUCGGAGAAGGCAACUAUGAUAUUGCCCUAAUAAAGCUCCAGACGCCCUUGAAUUACACUGAAUUCCAAAAACCGAUAUGCCUGCCUUCCAAGGAUGACACAAAUACAAUUUAUACCAACUGCUGGGUGACUGGAUGGGGCUACACAAAGGAAGGAGGUGAAAUCCAAAAUACUCUACAAAAGGCAACGAUUCCUUUGGUACCAAAUGAAGAAUGCCAGAAAAAAUAUAGAAAUUAUGUUAUAACCAAGCAGAUGAUCUGUGCCGGCUACAAAGAAGGUGGGACAGACGCUUGUAAGGGAGAUUCUGGCGGCCCCUUAGUUUGCAAACACAAUGGAAUAUGGCAGCUGGUGGGUAUCACCAGCUGGGGUGAAGGCUGUGCCCGCAGAGAUCACCCAGGAGUCUACACUAAGGUUGCCGAGUACGUGGACUGGAUCCUGGAGAAGACACAACACAGUGGCCGAAGCCCCCUGGAGGUGUCUCCCGCAUGAGGAAGCUGGGUAGUGAGGAAGAGCUCGGUUGACAACCGUUGUACCACCUGCUCCCAAGUCAAACAGAGAGCCCCAGAAUUCUCUUCUGCAAAAUGUGGAUAAUGGUGUCUGCCUCGCAUCCCUAUUGUGGGAUUAAAAUCACAGUAUAGAUACAGUUUCUGAAGACAGUGUCUUGCAGAAGUAUGUCUCCCACCUUGAGUAACAGGGUCUCUAAACGUGAACCGUCCAAGAAGCAUCAUGCUUGUUUGCAAAUAAAAUGAUCAAAGUUGUUUUUUUUUUCUAAUUAGGUAGUUCAAUGGUUGAUCUGAAGCAGCUGAAAACAAGAUUCUAGCACAAUGCCUGAGAUCAUUCUCAUCUAACUUCUGACUCUAGACCCCGCAGAUCUCAGAGUUACCUUCUGUCCACGCCACUCAUUCCUUCAUUAGUCCCCAACGCUGUUGUUCCAUCUGGCUCAAAGGACUGACGAACCAGGUUCUGUCUGGUGGAAGGAGGAGACCUUUGUGACAUUUUUUUUUAAUGAUAAAAGGAUGGCUUACUUGCACAUGAGGUGACAGGGCACCUUUCCAUCUAAACCACCUUCCUGGCCAUUGCCACAUAGUCUUGGCUACCUGUACGUGCAGCACCUGUAAUGCUGUUUUUCUUGCUGUGUGCAGCUCCUGCAUUGGCUGAUCACGCAGUGCUCACACAGGGCAGGGAAUCUGUUGGGAAUCUCCCAGACAACCCUUGGAGUGCCACUGAUACUGCAUUCAGUAUAUGCAAUAGUAUUAUUGAAUAUAACGUAAAAUCCAGGCUUGCAACUGGGUGGAAAGAUAGUAGACUGUCUUGGAAUAGAUGCCAUUAAUCCUCACGUAAUACAAAUUCCCAGCUUGCCAGCAAUUCCUGGAGUGGACUGUAUGUGCAUAACUCCAUUUAGUUAAGCUGACAAAUAUUUACAUGGAAUUGGCCAUUUACAAACUAUUGCACAAGUUCAAUAGACAAACAGAAAAGUGAAAUUUUCUGUAGAGGAUUAAACUUUUCCUUGCAUGUUGAAAGACUUGUUGAGUAGUUCAGGGGAUUAAAUAUGGAAAAGCUAAUGGGUUAGCCACAGAAUUUGGCGAUGGAAAGUGAAGAGGUAGGAAUUACCCCGGGAGCAAAUGACUUUUGGAAGAUCUCACUGGAUCCCUAUGACAUGAUUUCCUUUUGAAGCACAUGGCUUGAACUUUUACUUUUGUACACAAUAAACAGUUUUGUCUUA